AUGAACGAUAUUUAUACGUCCAUCGAUUGCGAUUCUCUCAUAUUCGAUAUAGAUUUUCAUCCUAAAGUAGAUAUAUUAUGUGCUGGUGUUUUUGAUGGAAACAUAAUAUUAUAUAAACGAAAAGAAGAUAAAAAAGAAUUUAAAAAAAAACAUAUAGUACAUAAUCAUGAUAAAGCUGUUAAAUAUGUAUGUUUUUCUAAAAAAGGAAAACAAAUAUUAGCUGCUUCAUCUGAUAAUUCUUGUUCAAUAACAGAUAUAACGGGUGUAUGUAUAUGGAACAAUUUAUGUCAUAAGAAUUCAAUUAGUUCCAUAUUAUAUAGUAGUUAUCAUACUUUUUUAACAGCUGAUGAAAUUGGAUAUAUAAAACAUUGGGAUAUUAGAGAUAAUACAAAAAAACCUAUACAUAAAAUAAAACAUUUUAAUGAUAAUAUAUCAAGUAUGUUAAUGGAUCAAGAUGAAAAAUCCAUGAUUGUUACAUGUGGAGGUCAACUAGGUCUAUUCGAUAUUUUAUAUAAAAAAAAAAUUACAUCACAUAGUAUUUCAAAUGAAUAUAGUGAUGAAUUUUUAUGUUCAAACCUUAUGGCUCAUAAUUCAAAAAUUGUAACUACAACAUUAAAUGGAAAUAUUUCUAUUUUCUCAAAAAACCCAUGGGGUAAUAUGGAAGCAAAAAUUAAAGCUAGUAAAGAUGCUAUUAGUACAUUUGUCAAAUAUAAUGAUUAUCAUAUUUUUUUUGGUACCUCUGAUGGAUUUAUUAAAACAGCACAAAUACAACCAAAUAAAAUAGGAGAAACCUUUUCAAAACAUAAAAAUAAAGAAAGCAUUGAAAAAAUGUCUAUUAAUAAAAACAAAAAUCUCUUAGCUACCAUUUCUAACGAUUAUUCAAUUAAUUUUUAUCAAAUAGAAAUAAAUAAUUCAAUUAUAUACAAUGGAAUAAAAAAAAAAAAAAAAAAAUCCUUUUUUCAUGACCUUUAA